AUGUCCUUCAAGGUAUCCUGCGAGAAUGUGGCUGACAGCAUGCGCAAACAUGCCGAAACCUUGACCGCGCACUUACGCCUGGCGCAGGAUGAGGUCAAGGCGCGUUCGGUGAUGCUGGCACACACGGAGGAGCAAGCGGCCUUCCAACGGCAACAGCAUCUGUUGGAAAGGAAGGAACUGGAGGAUGAAUAUGCCAAACAGGCAUGGCAAGCAGAUAAAAAUGAGUUGAAAAUCCAGGAGAUGAUGGCAGAAAGCAGCAAUACUGCGGCAGAAACCGUGAGUCGAAUUGCAAGGUCUCAAGAGAAAGAAGCCAAAGCGGCGGCAAGAGCUGAACAGUUGGAGGUCAUUCUGCGUGAGUUACGUGCAACUUUGGCGCAUUCACAGGAAGAAUCCACCGAAUCCUCCAAGCAGGUCUUGUCCUUGGAGAAGGCCCAUUCUGAUUUCCAGGAGAAGCUGGCUGAAAACCGAAAGAUCACAGCUGAUCUAGAAACCCAAAUCCAUGACCUGGAGGAUCAGUUGAAACUUUGCAGCACCGAACUGCACGAGUCCGAGGCCCGACACUUGCAGCAACAGCAGCAGCAGAUCUCUCAGGAAAGGUCCAGGCAACAAACGCAGGAGAUGCGGAUGGAACAGAUGCAACGGCAGUGCCAGAUGAGCCAGGUGCAGGUGAGCGAAGCCCAUGACGCCCUGCAAGCGAAGGAGAAGGAGAUUCGCCACUUGGAAAAGCUUCAGGAAGAAGAUCACAAGCGUCACUCCUCCUUGUCCUCCCUAAGAGAUCAGCUCGACUUCAACUGCCGGGAAUUGAAUCAUCAGAUCCAGCAGUUGAAUGCGGUCAACAAGGAGGAGCAAAAGAAAAGCACCGCCAUAGAGCUGCGACUGGAGCAAGUGGAAGCAGAAGCACAAUAUGCAUCCUCCGAAGCCGUACAGGCUGCGCGGCAGCAGGAGUUUGCCUUUGAAACACUGAUGGCCAGGUGCAGCGCCUCCGAACACAGCGUCCAGCAGCUGGAAGAGACCCGGAAGCAGCUGCGGGCACAGCUGGCGGCGCAGAGCAGGCUGCGGGAGAGCGAACGGUAUGCAGAACAAGUGGUCGCCGCUACCUUGGGGCCCGCAGAAGCUCCAGAUUCCGAUGCGGUGCGAAGAAACCUCGAAGCGAAAGGAUUGGAGCUGACAGAACUGGAGUUUACCUUGCGCGAAGUGGAACUGAACUCUGAUCGCCUGCAGCAGUACUUGGAACAAAGCCAAUCCAACCUGGAGAUGCAAACUGAAGAGAAGAUUCGCCUGGAAGAUCACUACGCAGCGAGUCGGCGGCAGUUGAUGGACACCGAAGCCAAGUUGAGAGAAGUCCAGGGGCAAUGUAGCUACUGGAAGUCGCAGCACCAGAGUGAGGAGCAAAGGGCGCAGCAAUGGGAGACCAAGGUGGAGGAUCUGUUGCGCGACCUCCAAUGCCUACAAUCGGAGCUGGCCAAAGUUCAAGGUUUGCCUCCAACUGAAGCGGUGCUUCCAAGCCGCGAUGCCCGUGAGAUCCGGCAGCUUCAACAGGAACUGCAACUGGUUUCGGGUCAAGCGAAGGAACAAGCCCAGCAGCUGGAGCACGGCCGUUCCGUGCAGCAGAAUCUGAUGGCAGCACGGGCACAGCUGGAUGAAGGCUACAGGGAAGCUCAGGAGCGCUUAGCGCAGGCGGAAGAAGAAUUGGAUGAGCUUCGGGCUCAAGGUAACUCUGCUCGGCGGAGCGAAGCGCGACACUACCAGGAAGAGCUGUUGGCCCUUCGCACAGCCCAAGCCACCAUGGAAGCCCAGUCGCAAGCUCGAGAACGGUCAGCGGAGGAGCGAGUGCAGAAGUUCACCAUGGAUCUCAGGCACUUGUCACAGAGGAACAGCAACUUGCUGGAAGAGAAUCAAGAUCGCAAGGCUGCGGCACUGAACCUUGAAGACUCAAUCAAGCGCUUGAGAACAGAUGUGGAUCACAUGUCAACUGCACGAAAGGAGGAGGGAGAGAUGUUCAUGCAUCAGGAAGACGCGACAAGACACCUCGAAAUUGCGCUGGAAAUGCAGACUCAAAGGACUGAGGAGUUGUUUUCCGAGAACUCGAAUUUGCAUUCAGAAAUCGAGCAGCUGGAAAGGAGAUGUCGAGGUCAAGAGGAAAAGUCCGCCCAGACUCUUCAGGGAGCACUAAGCAUCGAGAAGCAGCUGCUGGCUGUGCGUGCCAAGCACGGCCAACUGCAGGAAGCAUACAGAGAGCAGCGCCACUUGAGAGCGAAGGAAGCAGAAGACGGACGUGCAAGCACCAAGGGUAUUGUUGAUGCGCUGAAAGAGGAGCUCAGUCAAUUGCGCGAAGAAGCGGCUGCAGAACGAGCAGUUCGGGAGGAAACCGACCGCAUCCAAGAAGAGGUGGAGGAGAAAGUACGGCGAUUGCACUCUGAAGAGCUACAAGGUAUCCACUUUGAACACAACGCCCUUCGCAGUGCGUUGCAUCUCCAACGUCGCAACUCCACCGCAGCCCUGGAAGCACAACGCUGGGCUCUACGACGGGAGAAGCAGCUGAGAAAGAAACGUUACGCGCUGCUGAUGGCGGCCUCAGAGGAGCUGCGGGGGGGGCUGAUGCGGCUGAAGGAAGCCACGGAGUCGGCGGCCGUGGCGGAUGCCUCGGUGGAGGACCAGGACCAGCAGGUGGCUGAAGAGCUUGAGCAAGUGAAGUUGGAUCAGCAGGUGCUCUCAGACUCCAGAGCUGUUGAGCAAGAAAAGAUGGCACAUUUGGAUGAAGUACAACUGCAACUGAAGGACGAACGAAAGGCUGCCACGCCGAACCAGCUUCGCAUUCAAGAGCUUUUGGUGGCAGAAAGACUUGCUUUAGAGGAGGUCGAGAAACAGGAGGCAGUGGUUGCGGAGGACAAACAGCACUUCAAUGAGGACUACAAGAAGCUUGAAGAGGCGCAUGCUGAAGAACGGUGCAGUCGCGAGAGGGCUGAGGCAUAUCAUCAUCAGGUGGCAGCUGAAACGCAGCUCUUAGCCGUCGACCUUCUCAAGCUCCAGGGUGUCUUCGAAGCAGAUGGCGAGAGCGAGUCGAACUUCUCACAAGGAUCCAAGGGAGUGCGCGAAGGUCGGCCGCUACUGGAAGUUGCUUCCAGCGAAGAUGAGGAGGAAGGUUCUGAGCCCGGUGAGGAUGGUCAUGUUCAUGCAGACCCUUGA